AUGGCCACCUCACAGACCAUGACGAUAUCGUCCAUGCACGACACCCCAGAACCACCAUCAGACCCCGAAACCUUUGAACUCAGCUUCAAAUCUCCAGGACGGUCACUACGGGAAAUAUCUCGUCGAGUCGUCAACGGCACAUCGUCGUCUCGUGCACAAGAAUCCACGUCUGACGAAGAAGACAAUAUUCGCACUGAUGCCGAUCCGCCUCCGUCCGCACAGGCCGUGACUCAGCGAUGGAACAGACCUCGAGGGAACAUCCCACGUCUGGGAUUCGCGUUCUGGUCAUUCAUCAUUGCAGGCAUGAAUGAUGGUGCUGUCGGUGCUUUGAUUCCAUAUCUCGAAUCAUACUACUCCCUGAGCUACACCAUCGUCUCCCUCAUCUUCUUGACCCCGUUCGCAGGCUACUCCCUCGCCGCCUUCACCAAUGCCAGCAUCCACAGCAAACUCGGCCAGCGCGGCAUCGCAGUCAUGGCUCCGAUAUGCCACAUCGCCACCUACGCCAUCCUCGCCGCACACCCUCCGUUCCCCGUUCUCGUGGUGGCCAACGCCAUCUCCGGGUUCGGGAAUGGCCUGACCGACGCUUGUUUCUGCGCGUGGAUCGGCGUCAUGGACAACGCCAACGCCGUCCAGGGCUGCCUGCACAGCUUUUAUUCGGUCGGGGCUCUUCUCGCUCCCUUGAUCGCUACGAGCAUGGUCGUCAAGGCUGGUAUGCCGUGGUGGAAUUUCUAUUAUGUCAUGGUCGGGGCAUCUGUUCUCGAACUGUUAGGUCUUUCCACCACCUUCUGGCGCAAAACCGGAGAAUUGUACCGACGCGAACACCCUCGCGAAACAGACUCGCCGGCAGGAGCAUCAGGCGGUGGUGGUCGGACACGCGAAGCCCUCAAAUCGAAAAUCACAUGGCUCUGCGCCGCUUUCUUUUUCAUCUACAUGGGUAUAGAAGUCGGACUGGGAGGCUGGAUCGUCACAUUCAUGCUCCGGGUCCGCUCCGCCUCGCCGUCGGCGUCAGGGUACUCGGGCUCGGGGUUCUGGGCGGGGCAGGCACUAGGCCGGGCGAGCCUGGGGUUCGUGACGGAACGGUUCGGCGAACGCACCUGCGUCAUGGUCUACCUCGCGCUCUGCUUCGUGCUGGAGCUCAUCUUCUGGCUCGUGCCGCAGUUCAUCGUGUCCGCCGUGGCCGUGGCGUUCCUGGGGUUCUUCCUCGGGCCCAUGUUCCCCGGCGGCGUCAUGAUGGCCGCCAAGCUGCUCCCGAAACACAUCCACGUCAGCAGCAUCGGCUUCGCCAUGGCCAUGGGCGGCACCGGCGGAACCGUGUUCCCAUUCGCCAUAGGCGCCAUCGCCGCCAGCAAGGGCGUCAAGGUCCUCCAGCCCGUCAUACUCAGUUUGAUCGUUGUCCUGAUGGGGAUUUGGCUCAGUUUCCCAAAGGUCAAGAAGAGGGAGUGA